AUGAGUUCUGCUUCUUUUACGUGUAAUUGUUGUGUUAUUCAGUUCAAGACGAGUGAUUUGCAAAGAUAUCACAUGAAGACUGAAUGGCACAGAUACAACUUGAAGAGAAGAAUUGCCAGCCUGCCGCCGAUUGGUGCAGAACAAUUUGCUGAGAAAUUACAAAUUUCUGAAAAGGAACAGGCAGAAAACCAAGUUGAUGAAUUUGGUUUCCCCGUUCUGAAACCUAUCAUGAACCAAAGCAACCAGCAUAAUGCAUUAACUGCGAAACAGAAGAAGCCAAUCAAGGCGAAAAGAGGAAGAAAGCUUGGCGCAAGCUUAUUGAAGAGAAAUGAUAGGGAUACCGUUGCCGGAGAGAACGAGAAUAGGUCCGUUUCCCCCUCUGGAUCGAUAUCUUCGCAACUAUCUAACUUGACUGUGGGGACAGAAAAUACAAAUACAGAUUACGGUGAAGAUACAGUCUCUGAAUACGGUUUUACUAGUGAUUCCAAUUAUGAGAAUGGUACUAGUGAUGAGGAAUUAGAACCGGCGGAUAGACCCAUCGAUGACGAAAAAAAUGAAAAGAUAUCCAUUACUGAAUGCAUAUAUUGUGGAAAAAACAGCAAAGAGGUGGAAAGAAAUGUUAAGCAUAUGUUCAACGAGCAUGGUCUUUUCAUACCUGAAAGAUCCUAUUUGAUCGAUCUAGAUGGUUUAUUAGAGUUUUUGAUAAAAGUGAUUGUCAUCGAUCAUGAUUGUCUGUGCUGCAACUUUCACGGCUCUGGUUUAGAAAGUAUAAGGGCACACAUGAAUUCUAAACGCCAUUGCAGGCUACCAUAUGAAACCAAAGAGGAGCGCCAGUUGUUCGCUUCCUUUUACGAUUUCACUUACAAUGAUCAUCCUAGUAGGGGAAAAACCGGGUGUGGCACAGCUGGUACUCCCAGAGCUUCUUCUAUUAGCAAGGUUAAAAAUGAGGACUAUCCUGGAGUAGAUACCGCGUUGAUCCCAACUGAGAAUGAUAUUAAUGCAAACUAUACUACCGUUUCCAUUGACGAGUCAGGCCUAGAACUCACUUUGCCAACAGGUGCAAGACUAGGCCAUCGUGUGGGGCAGAGAUAUUACAGGCAGAACUUGCCUUCUCAGCCAAAUCCCAAUGAAAGCAGAAGAACUGUCAGUGCAGCUGAUAGAAGAAUGGUUAGCGGAGUAACGGAAAAACAAUACAAGAAGGGUAUGAAGAAAAUGCACCAAUUGGAGAAAAAUGCCAUUAAUACGCAGAUCCGUCGUGAUAUUAAAAGGGUCAACUUUCAAACUCACUACAGGGAUGAGUUGUUACAAUAG